AACGGCUGCGUUCCGGUUCCGGUCGGUUGCCCUGGGAUGUGAGUACACCGAGCAGUCAGUCCGACCGGAGGCCGAGGGAUCGUGGAGAGCGGACCUCGCACGCGGCGCCAUGAGCCAGCGGCAGGUGCUGCAAGUGUUCGAGCUGUACCAGAAUGCCCGGACCCGGUUCGUGCAGAUGGUGGCGGAGCAGGCCACCAGACCUCAGAACAUCGAGACACUGCAGAAUGCAGGUAUAAUGUCCUUGCUGAGGCCUCUCCUUCUGGAUGUGGUCCCAACAAUUCAACAGACUGCUGCCUUGGCUCUGGGGAGGCUGGCCAAUUACAAUGACGACUUAGCAGAAGCAGUUGUGAAGGGUGACAUUCUUCCACAGCUUGUCUAUUCACUGGCAGAGCAAAAUUGUGUCUACAAGAAAGCAGCUGCCUUUGUGCUUCGAGCAGUUGGUAAACACUCUCCUCAGCUGGCGCAGGCCACAGUUGACUGUGGCGCCCUGGACUCCCUCGUGAUAUGCUUGGAAGAUUUUGACCCUGGAGUCAAGGAAGCUGCAGCCUGGGCACUUGCAUAUAUUGCAAGGCAUAAUGCAGAACUGUCACAAGCUGUGGUGGAUGCGGGAGCUGUUCCUCUUUUAGUGCUCUGUAUCCAGGAGCCAGAAAUUGCUUUGAAAAGGAUUGCUGCCUCGGCCCUCGGUGAUAUUUCAAAGCAUUCUCCCGAGUUAGCACAGACGGUGGUGGAUGUAGGAGCUAUUGCUCACUUAGCCCAGAUGAUCCUCAACCCUGAUGAAAAAUUGAAGCACCAGGUCCUGUCAGCUCUCAGUCACAUUGCAAAGCACUCUGUGGACCUGGCAGAGAUGGUUGUUGAAGCAGAGAUUUUCCCGGUUGUACUUACCUGUCUGAAGGACAAAGAUGAAUAUGUGAAGAAAAACGCUUGCACUUUAAUUAGAGAGAUCGCGAAGCAUACUCCUGAGCUCUCGCAGCUGAUCGUCAAUGCAGGAGGCGUGGCUGCAGUGAUCGACUGCAUUGAGUCCUGCAAAGGGAACAUCCGGCUGCCUGGCAUCAUGAUGCUGGGCUACGUGGCUGCUCAUUCUGAGAACCUGGCCAUGGCCGUGAUCAUCUCCAAGGGUGUGCCCCAGUUGUCAGCCUGCCUGUCAGAGGAACCGGAAGAUCAUAUUAAAGCCGCGGCAGCCUGGGCUCUAGGACAGGUUGGGAGACACACUCCGGAGCACGCACGGGCUGUUGCCCUCACAAACGUUCUGCCAGUGCUGCUGGCUUUGUACCUGUCUACAGAGAGCUCUGAGGACCUGCAGGUGAAAAGUAAAAGGGCCAUAAAGAAUAUCAUACAAAAGUGCACCUACCUCCCAGCUCUCGAGCCGUUUCUCUAUGAUGCACCUCCCAAUAUCCUGAAGUAUGUAGCUGGACAGUUCAGUAAGGUGCUGCCUCAUGACAGCAAAGCUCGAAGGCUUUUUGUAAUGAGUGGUGGACUUAAAAAGAUCCAAGAGAUAAAAGCAGAACCUGGUUCUCUCCUCCAAGAAUACAUCAACAAUAUUAACAGCUGUUACCCAGAGGAAAUAGUAAGGUACUAUUCCCCCGGAUACUCAGAUACGCUUCUGCAGAGGGUGGACAGCUUUCAGCCGCUCACUAACUGAACAAAGUGUACUUUAUGCUCAGAUUCACAGAGGGCUAUGUACAAUUGUUAAAGAUCUUUCUGAAAUGUUUCACAUAAGUACAUCCCAGUUUUGUUCUAUAUGAAAUACCUUUAAUAUUUUUUACAUUUAUGUACUGCUUUAUAAAUUAUUAGCUUCAAUGUGUGAAAGACUAAUUAUCAUUUGCAUGCAUAGAGAUGCAUAAAGGAAGGUUUAAAAGGCAA